AUGUUACUUCCUUCCACAUGCUAUCCUUAUGUCAUCUUGACUCUUAAAUUCUUAAACUUCUGUCAUCUGCAGGCUCAGAGAACUCGAGGGAGGUAUGAAAGAAAACAUUUAGGACAGUCGCCAUCACUCUUGGAUGUUGGUGGCUUCAGAUUUUCUGAUUCUUCUGCAGUCCAAGAUCCUAUGAUUAAUGAAGAAGGAACUGUGUGGGAUUUAGUUCCCUCAAGUGCCAAAUCAACAAUGUAUCCUCAUCAACGUGGUGGAUUUGAGUUUAUGUGGAAAAACGUUGCUGGAGAUAUAAAUCUCGAAAGGCUGAGACAGCCCCUAUCUGAUAGCAAAGGAGGAUGCAUAAUCUCACAUCCACCUGGCACCGGGAAAACCCGUCUCACCAUAGUAUUUCUUCAGUCAUAUUUGAAGCUGUUUCCAAAGUCUCGACCUGUAAUCAUAGCUCCUUCCAGUUUGCUGCUUAACUGGGAAGCUGAGUUCCAGAAAUGGGAGGUGGACAUUCCCUUCCACAACUUGAACAGCAAAGAUUUCUCUUUACAGGAAGAUGAAGCUACUGUGAGUGUCUUUCGCUGUUUACCCCAUGCGGGAAAGAGAAAUCCACACCUUAUACGAAUGGUGAAGCUGGGAUCAUGGGUUAAAGGUAAGAGUGUUUUGGGGAUCAGCUAUGACUUGUUCAGGAUUCUUACUGGAGAUGAUGGAGACGGUUACGCUAAACCGAUUAGAGAAAUCCUUCUUAAAUAUCCUGGUCUUCUGGUCCUUGAAGAAGGGCACACUGCUCGGAAUGAGCAAAGCCUUGUCUGGAAAGCUUUGAAAAAGGUUGAAACAGAGAAGCGCAUAGUUUUGUCUGGAACUCCUUUCCAGAAUAACAUCAAGGAGUUAUACAACACUCUUUGUGUAGUCAGUCCAAAGUUUGCUGCAGAAAUGGGCUUCUCUUAG